AUGCCGAAUACUCCAAACUUUUAUACAAAUUAUAUUCAAAAAUCGCAGCCACCUUUUACACUUUAUUGUUCAAUACGCGGAGCGAAACAAGCAGAAUGUGUUGAUAAAUUGGAAGAACAUUAUACAAAAUGUAAAGUUAUUAAUAUCUUUCAGUCUAAAGGAAAUUAUUUGAAGUUGAACGACGUUACCACGGUAUACUUUCAUGCAUAUUUCAGAGCUUUGGUUUAUAAUGGUAUCUUGAAAAACGCUUUGGAUAGAGAAAUGGGAGAUGUAUUGCAUUUGAUCGAGAUGAAUAGUAGGGUCAUAAUUGUGAGAUUGCGUGAACCUUAUCAGCUGGUAAAAAACGAUAUUUUAUCAUCGAGGAUCAUUUCCAUUACGUUCGAAUAUGAAAAGGGUUCAAUUGAUUUAGAACCUGAUAAAUCAACAAUGGAGCGAAGUACUUUGAAAGUAAAGGGUUGGUUAAAGGAACAAAUGAUUUAUUGUAAUAACGAUAAUGAGGAAAUUAGCGAUGAUACUACAGAAGUAGACACUCAAGAAUCAAGUGAUGAUGAAGAGUACAUGAUGAUAAUAGAAAGUGAUGGUGAAAGGAAGGUCGAUUUGACUUUUUUGUGA